AUCAUUUUUAUCUGCAGUGGAAGGCCGAUAUAAAUUCAUUGUUCAACACGCGCAAACAGUCUUCCUCAUAUCGAAUGAGCAAAGUAAUGUUGCGGUUACUAGCGAUUCUUCAUACAGCGAGCACUUGCUUGGCGGGAAACUUGCGUCCGAACAUUGUAGGUGGAUCCUUAGUUACGACAGUUCCACAUUCGCAUCCUCACCUGGUUUCGAUAAGAAAAUACGGUUAUCACACGUGUGGCGGUUCGAUAGUUAACAAACGGAUAGUACUCACGGCGGCCCAUUGCUUCAUAAGCGACGACACAACAGGUCUUUACAUAGUCGCCGGGAUCGCGAAUUUAACGGAAAAGGGACAAGCAAUACGUAUAGCCAAAGUCCGAAGGCACCCGAAGUACAAAGAGUUUCUGCACUUUGAUGUUGCGAUAGCGACACUUCAGCGACCUCUUGAAUUCAAUGAACGGGUACAAGCAAUUGCCAUAUCCGAGGAAGAGGUCGGCGGCGGCGUCGAGUGCAUAACGGCUGGUUGGGGCUACACGAAGGCCAAUGGGUCGGUUAGCGAAGUUUUGAAAGAGCUUCGUGUGAAAACCCUGACUAAGGAGCAGUGUCAGUCGAAGCAACCGUAUAGGAAUAAUUUCAUAAACGAUGGACACAUAUGCACAUUGGUAAAGGUCGGUCACGGGGUGUGUCAGGGCGAUUCUGGGGGUUCUCUUCUGGGUAAUGGUCAAUUAAUUGGCAUUACUUCGUGGGUGUGGCCCUGUGCUCGUGGUAGACCAGAUGUAUUCACAAGGAUUACGAAGUGCAUUGAUUGGAUAAAGAAAGAAAUAUCACAGGAAGAUUGAAAUACCAAAAUUAUGGUUUUUUCUAGAAACUAGAAUGCUAUUUAAUUCACAAUAAAACGAUAGCA